UCGGUGUGAGACACUCGGUAUCGCCCACGUGGCUCAUAAGAGACUUCGCCUUAACUGUUUAGUCGACAGAGGACACAGUACUGUCGAGUUAUUUCACAAUAUCUGCUGUGCUUUUUUUUAUUCGAUCAUAGACGGAGAGUUAGCUAAAGUGUCAGCUUAGCAGGCUAAUUACCAGGUUUGCACUGAGAUUCCUAAACAGAAGGAGUUGAGCUGAGCAUCGACCAGAGACGUCAUGUCAGGAAGAGGAGGAAGAGGCCGAGGCCGGAGUCUCUUCACCUUUAAUGUGGACUCUCUGGGUUUCGGCAGAGGAGAGGCUUUACCCACCGGCGUUCAGGCACCGUCACCACUCUACCCUCCCAUGCAGUUCAGGCCGGUUCCUCUGCAGACGGGGGAAGAGGUGGAGUACAUGCUCGCGCUGAAACAGGAACUCCGAGCCUCCAGCAAGAACCUGCCCUUCCACAUCCAACCAUCUGCACCCAGGAAAGACGUGGCUCGUUACUCGGAUAAAUACCAGAGCGGAGAGGCCAAGUGUGGCGAAUGGACUCCAGACUGGAGUCGACUCCCUAAAGAGCUUUGCAUCAAAGUUCAGAAGUCACGCAAAGCCAAGACCAAACCGGUAGUGAAGAGCAAAAUUAAACCUGCUGCGCCCAAAGAAGUCUUACAAAAACUGGAGAACCUGGAAAAGAAAGAGGCUGAGAACCAGUCCGAGGAGGAAGAGGACGAGGAGAAGAAGCAGAAGAAGACCGGAGAGGAAGAAGAAGAGCCUGACGACGCGGAGGACUACAAUGAAGAAGAGUUUGAAGAGGAGACGGACUACAUCAUGUCGUACUUUGACAACGGCGAGGAUUUUGGAGGAGACAGUGACGACAAUGUAGAUGAAGCCACCUACUGAAAAACACCAUUUUAAACACUGUUUUAUUUAUUCCUCGUGUGCUGGAGGAAGGACAGUGUGUGUGUGUGUGUGAGAGAGACAUGUGAGUCACGGCAUAUGUAAACUCUCACUGCAUCCCUGUAUUGUUUCUAACACACCCUCGCCGAUUUCCCAGAGAAGAGGAGGCGCGUGUAGCGUGGGAAUGCAAGCAGAACCCACAUUGUUCCAUAACAUCCUGCUCUCUAAUUAGCAUGCUAAUUCUUGUUAAAUCCAUAUAAACGAGAUGUACCUAAUUCCUGUUCCGAGAAUCAGAGGCGAGUACAAAUGACAUACAACCCAACUUGAACUCGAAUAUAUUUUAAAUAUCAGGUAUUUUAUUGCUGCUGUUUACAUUUAUUAGCAGCUUUAUCCGGUAUUUAUGCUGUUUUUAAAAGGAUACGCCAGAAUGCAAUGCAUUUUGGGAUAUUAUCAUAAUGUCACUGAAUGUGUUUGAGACAAUUAACUGUAAACCGUGCUGGUGAAGAGAUGAUAAAGUGUUAAAUGUGCUAAACUGUUAAACCAUGAAGGUAAAUAUAAUGAAGUUGCCCAGCAGGUGGCGGGAUUUACUAGAGAAGCAGAGCUGUUCUGUCUAGUGAGAAGUGAAGUGAGUUGAAGCGCUAAACAAACUUUAUUUAUCUCAAUAAAGUGGGCGGGGCGAUAUCAGGGCAUGAUGGAAUAAUGUGAUAUGACAAUCGUAAGCAAUGAUGUACUUUAAGUGCGUUUAUGAAUGAAAAUGUUUCUUGGUUUGCACGUAGCGAACAUAAUA